AUGCCUCUGGCUCUCCAACGCACUCCUCUCCCCCUCAUCCCCCUCCCUCGCUCCAUGAGCUGCACGGCAGCGCCUUCUGGCCUGAAGGGCGGCCUUUUUCUGGCCUUGCGCCGCGGCGGGAACACCGCUCAGAGGGGGACCGAAGACGGAGGCGAGCGGUGCCGAGCGAGCCAGAGCCAUAGUUUCAAGGAGGUCGCGGCGGCGGACGGCGUGAGCAAGUGCCAGCCCCUGUCGGGGACGCCGGACGUGCCCUUUAGGGGCCUCGGGUGCGUCGCCCCGUGCGGCAUUGUGGGCCAACGGGGUGGCGUUGCAGUAGAUAUUUCGCUCAUCUUCGUGAUCAUUGUUGGAAGCCAUCCUUACGCUGAACGCUGA